AUGGCUCAAUUUGGCAACUUCGUCACCUCACAUAAGCAGCGCAGUGCCGCCACCCUUGCACUCAUCAUCUACCAUGAUGAGCUCAUACAUCGUCACCUUUUCCACCAGUUUUUUUCUCAUUUCUUCUACUCUAUGGCAAUAAAUCAACAUAGUGGUGUCUCUAGCAAGUGUGUUGUCCACGUUGGCCCCAAACCAAGGACACUCCGUGUUGGAGCCUUGCAUCAAUGGCAAGAAGAUGCACGCGAGCCUCAUGCCUCACUCCUCAAGAAGCUUCCUUCGAGAGAACGCAAGCGGCUACUGGGUGCUGAGAGCAAUCAGAGCAGACCAGGCUCUUCAUCCGCAACACCAUCCGAUACCUUUGACUUUUCAGCCUAUGACAUGGACAUAGAUGCUAUGCUGCCUCCUCCUGGUGAAGAGGGUUUCACUGUUCAUUUUCACCACCAUCUAGCCGAACAGCUUUGUGUGGCAUAUGAUGUUUAUCUUGAACUCAAUCGCCGUAUAAACUCCCACCUGGAUAAAUUCCUGGGUCGUGACAUGGACAAUUGGCGCAUUCUUAACUCAUGCCCAGCAUGCCAAUACAGCCUCGUAGAUGAGCCACCUCUUGAGUUUUCUUUUCUCUGUGCAUGUGAUGGCAACAACUCUGCUAAACUCGUUGAUCCCGCAAUAUGCAGUGGCAAGGAAAGUCCAGACCCUUGCUCAGAGAUGUCGUCAAUCUGGCUGACCAAGUCCUAUGUCAACCAAUUCAAAGACAAACAACGGCCUGCUUCCAGUGACCCUGAUGAUCGGUGGAUUGACGAGCCUGACUCAAAUGACUCUGCAGAGCCAUCCAGUGUCUGCAUGGACCGUUGGCGCAAUGCAGCUCCCAAGUCUCGGAAAAAAAUGUUUGCUAUCUUCAAGCAGUCCGGCAUUGUUGUCACCGUCUGUUGGCAUGGUUCUGCUAUACUUGGUGACAAGAUGAAAUACCCAAUUGCUAGUGUGAAGAAGCUGAUGGACAUUUUUGGCAGCAACAUCCUUUUUGGUUAUGACAUCAAAUGUGCAUUCGAGAAGAUCCUCCUUCGCAGCUCGCUUGCAGAUGAUGUGAAGAGACUCAACCUGCAGGGCAUUGUGCCUGCUUUUCACAGGCAUGCGCACAAUCGUCUUUGCCAACUCAAGCAUCAUUCAAAGCACAAAGUCAGUGCUGGGAAAGAAGACUUUGAGACAUGCAAACGUGUUUUCUCUGAGUCAAAUGCACUUGCUUGCGAGAUUCAAAACACCACUAACUUCCGCCGCCAUCAAGCCUUGGAUGAACACUUCUCUUUCACUGACAUGGACAGGUAUGCUGCGCUAUCCGAUGUAGCACUCAGCCUCCGGCUGAGCUCAUAUUGGCCUAUUUUGUUACACCUUUAUUUACAGUCAUUUUCCUCUCAAUAG